AUGUCGUUGCCCCCCCCACCUGCACCACCACAACAAAUAACGACGCAGGCUAUUGACGAAAGCUGGUUGGAAGUGUGGCGGAUAGACACUGGGAAACCUAUUCAAUGUGUGGAAAGAGGGUUCGGGUACAUACCGCACGCGCCAUUCGCGCUCAACCAUGACGGAACAAGGCUGGUGCUAUCCGUCGGGCAGAGCACAGCCCCCUCCAGCGGCGGGAACAGAAGCAGCGAUGGAGUUCAAGAGGCUACUAUGGUCGAAGAAUGGGAUUUGAUUACCGGUCAGCACCUAUACACACACAGGCUAGGAGUAUCAUAUCAGAUAUGGGAGAUUGGGUAUUCGUCCGAUGGAUCAACGAUCCAUUUCCGGGCCAGAGGAGCAGAGUCGCAGUACCAAGUGAAACCCGGAAGAUACGGAUAUAUCAUUGUCUGGAAUCCCACCUUUCCCUCUGCCUCAACAGGCACACCCCAAGUGCAUGAGUCAGUCGGACAAGACGCGCAGCUUUCGUUGUCCACUAUAAGGCAAGCGCAUGGGCAUGCGCUUGCAGAAGUCGACCUGGCAGAAGACAUGAAAUGGGUCCGCUUUAAGAACAGGUAUAUCAUGCCUCUUGCGGCAGAGUUCAGGCCCACACUGUCCAAAAAAUACAACACCGCAAAGUCCGGCAGCAAACACAUGAUCGCGAUUCAGAAUAUGGAAAAUAAUGUCAUCAACUUUACAAUUGACGAGGAAACGCUGGGGAAUUGUCCACGUCCGUGA